AAAUCCCAACCCUACUGUGUCGUUCUCGCCUUCUUGGUCCUCACCAAUCGGCAAUCACCAUCUCCCAUUCUCCCCGUUCCUGCGUUCUCAAACCGGCGCCAUUCACGCCAAGAUCUAAUCGGCAAUCACCAUCUCUGUUCCGGCGUUACCAAUCGGCAAUCACCAGGGUCUAAUUUAGAGCUUUAGCUCCUGGUUUUGAACAAACCAAUGUCGUCUCCGUUUCCUAUUUUGGACAAUAAACCAAUUGAUCAGUGGAAAGUCACUGAGCUAAAGGAAGAGCUUAAGAGGCGCAAGUUAAUAACAAAAGGGUUGAAGGAGGAAUUGGUGAAGCGGUUGGAUGAAGCAAUUCGCAGUGAACAGGAAAGCACACAAGGAAAUACUGGUGAUGGCUUUGAGUCUGCACAUGAUCUUUCACUUGGACCUGGUCAAGAAAGGACUGAUUUAUCUGAUGCUGACAAGGAGGAGGACACUUCCAUUGCUUUUGAUUCUAUAGGUAAACUGGAAAGUGGAGCUUGUCAUGCUGAAGUUAAUAGGGCGGAUUCAUUUGACGUUUAUAAGGAGAAUGAUACUUCCAUCCAUUGUGAUUCCAUAGGAGAUAAUAGGGAAAGUGAAGUGCGUAAAGUUAAUGAAAAGGAUAAGGAUGCUUCCAUCACUUGUGAUCUAGCAGGUGAUAAACAGGAAAGUGAACUGUGUGAAGGUGCUGUUGAUGGAAAUCAAACAUCAUCUAUCCCUGCACAUGAGGAGGAUGUCUCUAUCUCUUGUGAUCUGAUAGAUGGUAAAAUAGAAAUUGAAGACUGUAAAGUUGAUGUGACUGGCAGCAGAAAGUCAUUUCAUGAGGAGUGUGGUUCUACAGCUGAUUAUGGACAAGAAAAAACCCAGUUAUCUGAUGCUAAUAAGGAGGGGGCUUCAGUACGUGAUAAAAUGGAAAGUGAAGGGUGUGAGGUUGGUGUUAUCGAGUCAAUGGUUGUAUCUGGACAUGAAAGGAGUCAAUUAAUGGAUGCGAAUAAGCUAAAGGAUGCUUCUGUUGCUUUUGAUUCCAUAAAUGAAAAAGUAGAAAGUGAAAUGUGUGACAUUAGUUCUAGUAACAACAUGAUUCGAUCUGAUGCUGGUAAAGUUGUUGAAGGAGAAACAUUUCAUUCGAUUGGUGUUGUAGGACCGCUUAAUAGUUUGGAAACCAAUGUCGUGGUUGGUGAGGCUGUUGAUCCUGUAAUGACUUUGGAUGACCUUGAUUUGGAAAAUCAGGGAACCCAAAGUGAACAGAAUUCAAAAGCAGAACUCCAAAUUCCAAGUUCAAGGUCUCCCGAUGUGGAUGCUAGAAUUGAAGUAUCUGAGGUAUGCCCUGUUUCGGAGUCUUAUGUAAACACUGAAUCUGCUAGUAUUGAUAUCACAAUUAGUGGAAAAGUAGAAACAAUGAAUAAUGUAUUUAGUGAUGUCGAACUAGAAGUGGAUGCUAAACCUGUGGUCGUGCAUCUACCAUCUAGCAGUAUUGUUCCUGACAGUGAAUCCUGUCCCAUGGAUGUUGAAGAGGCACAAGACAACAAUUUAUCUGUAGUGCAAGGUGGUGCUGAUAAGAUAAAAUAUCUUAAAGAUUCAGGACAUUCUGUAACGUUGCAUUUAGGGCAAAAGGUUGGUGAUGAUCCCAUUGAAGAAAAUAUGUCUGAGAACAAACAUGUUGAUGCUAAGUUGGGCACUGAGAAAAAAGUAGACAGUGCAGAAACGACAAGUGGAAAGAUGUUAAGUCCUGAUGUUGGGAAGAAUCAUAUAGAUGCACAUGGGAAGGUUGCCCCUAUUGAAACCCGAAGCGAAGAAGCUUUGCAAUCUGCAAAAAGGAAAACCCAUGCAGGUGAUGAAGCAGUGGAGAGCAAAGUCUCUGUGAAGAGGCAACGUAGGUGGAAUUCAGAAAGUAUUGAAAGCACACAAAAUCAAAGUGGAACUAGUGUUGCAUCUACCACACCCAAAAGUGCAACUCAAGCUACUUUCAAACGGAGUUUGUCUAUGCCUAAUUCGGUGGCUAGUGAAGAGCCAUCAAAGGAACGUGUGGUUCCACCAUCACCAAAGCCUGCUACAAAUUCUCUCAGAAUUGAUCGUUUUGUGCGUCCUUUUACAUUGAAAGCUGUUCAAGACCUACUUGGGAAAACUGGUACAGUAACAAGUUUCUGGAUGGACAACAUAAAAACUCACUGUUAUGUGUCGUAUUCAUCUGUCGAAGAAGCAAAUGAUACUAGAAAUGCUUUGUACAAUCUGCAAUGGCCUACAAACGGAGGACGCUUACUGGUAGCUGAGUUUGUUGACCCAUUGGAAGUGAAAAUGCACGUGGAGGGCCCACCUAAACUUCCACCCCCACCACCAUUAAGUAUGGGAGGGCCUUCCUUGGCUGUUGCUGCUCUUCCUCCUCCACCAAUCACACAACAACAACCUUCAUUGAGGCAACAGAUUCAGAAAAAACAGCUUCAGCCCUUACCUCCUCCUCCACCUCUUCCCCUUCCUCCGUCUCUUCCACUCCCACCACCACCACCACCAUUGUUUAAUCCACCCUCAGUUAAAGAGCGAUACCCUCUGCCACCACUCCCGCCGCCGCCUCCACUUACUGAGAAAGUUGACCCUCCAACUGUAACAUUGGAUGAUCUCUUCAGGAAGACAAAAGCAACGCCUCGUAUUUACUACCUACCUUUGACGGACGAACAAGUUGAAGCGAAGCUCAAAGCGGCAAAAGGGAAGGGGGAUACUAAGCAGUAGGGAUUAGGCUCUUUACUCAUUGCCAAAAAAAGCUCAUCCUCUUCUAUUUCUAAAUGGAUUGGUCUCAUUACUACACGCGUAAGAUAAAAUGGUAAGACAUUGUCAUAUUAUUGAAUCUUUGCAGGUGUGUGCAGGUCUUGCGUAUAGGCUCUUCCAGUUAUGGUGCAGGAGACGCUGGUUCGAAGAUGGGUUUGUUGGGUUUUCCAAGACCGUUUUGGUUUCAGAUUGAAUUAUAUCUUGUGCAACUUAAUGCUUCUUCUCUGCCUAAGCAGAUUUCUUUGUUUGAAUUUGUACUGCUAGAAUCUGAUUUCUUGAUGAGCUCUAUUUCCAACAAUCUGAAACUUGCGUGCACUUCAGGAUGUAGACUUGUGACAGUGAACUUAAAUUCUUGUUU